UUCAAGGUCAAAGUCACGCCAUCUACAGUGGGGACGCACGACCGAGCUUCCGCCCCGAUCUUUAAUUCGGUGAUUACCCGAAGCCCCGCUCGAUGUGAGUAAAGAAUAAUGUGCUUCCGCAGAAUUAGAGUGAACCGAGUAAAGCCGUGUGUGACAUCGCAGAAAUCUGCCGCCGUGAUGUUUUCGAGCCUAAUCCGGGUGAACAAACUCUUACAUAACUUCCUCGGCCUCGCAUGGUUCGCAUCGCAGACAAAAGCUACCGAAUAGUAAAAUAUGUUUACCGACGUGAUAAGAUAUUGUUUUCGAAUUUCCUGGGAAUGUUUGCGCAAGUUAAUGUGUUAGUUUUGUUAACGACGUAUAAUAGAGUCCUCGAUACCGAAUUUAACAGACGCGAUCUGUCGCACGAUGGUCUCUCUCGUGCUGCUCACCACCGAGGAGGUGUUGAAGCGAAACAUGUUCUGGAAAUGCUUGGACUCCAUCUGGAUCGCCCACGAGCUGGAGCCGUUCGAAGAGGUGCAGCUGGAGCACAUAUACGACAAGCCUCUAUCCCGGGACAUCUACUACGCCAAGCACCCGGACAUACCCCGCAGCGAGUCCGAGGAUGAAUACCCGCUGACCGUGAAAGGAUUUCGCAACAAGCACAGCGAGUGGAAAUCCAAGAUAUACAUACGGCGACUGCAUUUGAGAAACUCGAUAUCCUCCCGGGCUAGUAUCAAAUCGAACGAUAUUAAGCAAGAUCCUGACGAAACGGAGCGAAAGGUGUUCUACAAGGAGGAUGAGAAGGUGCAGAACUUUAUAAGCAGACUGAUCGAGAGUAUACCACCCCCGCCGGUCGACGAAAUCGACGAUUCGAUACAAUCUAAAAAGAUAGAGGAUAUCAGCGAAACUCUACCCGAGUACUCCGAUUUGGACGAUGACAUAUUCGAUGACGAUAACAGCGAGAAUUCGACGCUAAAUUCGGAUUCGAAGAGUAUUUCCCAGUCCGUUUCGUGGAACGAGACCAUAUACGGCUUAUAUAAUGGGAGUCAAGAUACCAUCGACCGCAUAUCGUGGCCAGAUGCAAUAAAAACGAGUGGAAUUAACGAAAGCACCGAACUGCUCGAGAACGUCAUAAGUCAUUCUGAUGAGAUGAGAGCAAUCGAGGACAUAUCGGACGGCGACGACGGUUACGCCGACUUCGCCAUCAAUAAGCUCAAGCAGUCAAUAAAGACCCGAGGAAUGGGGGACUCCUCUUCCCUCCAGAAUUUAUAUGAGCUAGAAAUAAUUAACGUGCGGAGGGAGGCCACGUUCGAGUCGUUCUAUCGUCUCGCACCAGCUGAUAUUUGAUUAAUUUUCUUUUUUAUUGUACGCUUAUGUGAAUUCUGCUAAUAAAUGUUUGCUUCUAGAUGUCUAUUAUUUCACUGAUUUCUGCUAGCGCACUUUCUUUUAGUCGGUAGAUUAGUUCGCCGUUGGGAUAGUGCUAAUUUUGUUUUUUUUUUCUUUCAGCCACCGGAAAACGAACUG